AUGGCUUCGCUCGCAAAGGGUCGGCCCUCGCGCCGCGCCGCUCCCCGCAGGAGCUACGUCGUUGAAGAAACAUCUGAGUCGGAGGACCCCGGCAACGUGACACCGACACCAUCUACCCACGACAACGAGGAUGAGGACGAGAGCGCAGAGGAGGACUAUACACCUGUCCCUCAAAAGGCGAAGCGCGCAUCCCGCUCAAAGCGUUUGACACUAGAACCGGUGACGCCCGCGACCGUGAAGCCGACGCGCAAGUCCCGACAGUCGGUCGCAUCCGAGUCGGAGGCCUCGCAGGCUGAUGAUACGGAUGAGAACAACGAGAAUGAAGAAAAUACCGAGCCCGAGAACGACGAAAAUGAUGAAGGACCCAGCAUGGUAUCUGUAGUCGGGGAUCCUGAUUCCCCCUCCAACCAGGCGGCAUUGAAGAGGAAGAGCAUCGAGCCUUCAGAGGCCGAUCCGGCUUCACCUUCCAACAAGUCGGCGUUGAAAAGACAAAAGCGUCCCCCUCUCGCCGACAUCACCGAGUCCGCCGUCAACCAGUCGUCGCCUUCGAAACCCGCCGAGGAGCCCCGGUCCCAAGUUUCGUACAUCAAUCCAAACUCGACCGUUCUGGAGAAGCCUAUGGACAUUGUGAUGAAAUCGAGGAACAUGGCCGCUCCGGCGCCCGAGGAGCCCGCCGAGGUCAAGCCUCGUAUGAUCAUUCAGAAUUUGAUUCUGCACAACUUCAAGAGUUACGCCGGGAAGCAGGUUGUUGGCCCAUUCCAUGCCUCGUUUUCCUCGGUGGUUGGACCCAACGGAUCCGGCAAGUCGAACGUGAUUGACUCGUUGUUGUUCGUGUUUGGUUUCCGCGCCAGUAAGAUGCGACAGGGCAAGAUUUCGGCCCUUAUUCACAACUCGGCGCAAUAUCCCGAUCUGCCGUACUGCGAGGUCGAGGUCCAUUUCGAGCAGGUUCUUGAUCUGCCUGAGGGUGGUCAUGAGGUGGUCCCAGAUUCCCACCUGAUUGUUUCUCGACGUGCCUUCAGGAACAACAGCAGCAAAUACUACAUGAACAAGAAGGAGACCAACUUCACCACUGUCACCACCUUCCUGCGCGACCGCGGAAUCGAUCUCGACCACAAGCGAUUCUUGAUUUUGCAGGGUGAAGUCGAGUCCAUUGCCCAGAUGAAGGCCAAGGCUGCCAAUGAGCACGACGAAGGUCUCCUCGAAUAUUUGGAAGAUAUCAUCGGAACUUCCAAGUACAAAACGCCCAUCGAUGAAGCGGCAGCUGAGCUCGAGACCUUGAACGACGUGUGUGCUGAAAAGAACAACCGUGUUCAGCACGUGGAGAAAGAGAAGACCGCGCUCGAGGACAAGAAGAACAAGGCCGUGGCAUACAUUGGCGAAGAAAACGAAUUGUCGCAGAAGCAAUCGGCUCUUUACCAAAUUUACAUCGAUGAAUGCUCGGAUAACGUGCGCGUCACCGAGGAGGCUAUCCUCCAGAUGCAGGAGCUGCUUAACAUGGAGCUCGAGAAGCACGAAGGUAACGAGUCAGGUAUUAAGGAGCUUGAAAAGGCCUACAAGCGUGGCUCACGCGAGUUCGAGGCGAUGGAAAAAGAAUCACAAGGACUGCUGAAGGAAAUGGCCAAGUAUGACAAAGAGACGGUCAAAUUUGAUGAAAAGAAGAAGUUCUUGGUCAACAAGCAGAAGAAGCUUGAGAAGACAAUGCAGACCAGCCGCCUCGCCGCAUCUGAAUGCCAAAGUUUGGUGGAAAAGUUUAGCGAUGACAUCGAGAGGAAGACCAAUGAGAUCGCUCAGCUUGAGCAGGAGAUGACCGCCGAGGAAGAAGAGUUGAACACUAUUCGUGAAAGUCUUAAAGGCAAGACCCAAGGUCUCUCGGACCAGAUCACCGCCAAGCAGAAGUCGCUGGAGCCCUGGAAUGAGAAAAUCAACAAGAAGCAGUCUGCUGUUGCUGUUGCCCAGAGUGAGCUCGAUAUCAUUCGCGAACGCAGCAAUGCCGGUGCCGUUCUGCUGGAAGAGGCACAGGGCAAGAUUGGGACCAUCGAAGAGACUUUGGAAUCCAAGCAAACCGACCUCGAAGAGCGACAGGCCCAGAAGGAGACACUUGAAGCCGAAGUGGAAAAGCUGAAGCACGACCUGAAAAAGUACUCCGCUCGUGAACCCGAAGUUCGCGCCCAUGUCUCUAGCGCUCGCCAAAAGGCCGACGAAGCCCGAGUCAGCCUGCAGAACACACAGAACCGUGGUAGUGUGCUGACGGGCCUCAUGCGCCUGAAGGAGUCUGGCCGUAUUGAUGGCUUCCACGGCCGUCUCGGUAACCUGGGUACCAUCGAUGAAAAGUAUGAUGUUGCGAUCUCUACGGCCUGCCCGUCCCUGGACAACAUGGUGGUGGAGACUGUGGAGGUCGGCCAACAGUGUAUUGAUUACUUGCGCAAGAACAACCUCGGUCGGGCCAACUUCAUUCUUCUCGAUCGCCUCCCACGUCGCGACAUGUCGGGUGUUUACACCCCGGAAAGCGUGCCCCGUCUGUUCGAUCUCGUCAAGCCAAAGGACCCCAAGUUUGCUCCGGCCUUCUAUAGUGUUAUGCAAAAUACUCUGGUCGCUAAGGACUUGGAACAAGCCAACCGCAUCGCCUACGGUGCUCGCCGGUGGCGAGUGGUGACUCUUGAUGGCCAGUUGAUCGAUGUUUCUGGUACGAUGAGCGGUGGUGGUACUCGCGUCGCCCGAGGUGCCAUGUCGUCUAAACAAGUUGCCGACACCACGAAGGAUCAAGUGAACCGACUCGAAACAGAUCUCGAGGAGCUGGAAAAGAAGUUCCAGGCCUUCCAGGAAAAGCAGCGUAAUAUCGAGUCUCAGAUGCGCGAGAAGACCGAAGAAAUUCCGCGUGUGGAGACGAAGAUCCAGAAGAUUAUGAUUGAGAUCGAUAGUGCCAAGCGCAGUCUCGCUGAUGCUCAACGACGCGUGAAGGAGCUGAGCGCGGAACACAAGCCUUCCAAGUCCGACGAGUCUCAAGCUGCUGCUCUUGAGGAGCAAAUCGAGGCCUUGAACAACGAGAUCGAGGACCUUAAUACCGAAAAGAGCGGCAUCGAGGAGGAGAUCCAGACUCUGCAAAACAAGAUCAUGGAAGUUGGUGGUGUUCGCCUUCGUGGACAGAAGGCCAAGGUCGAUGGCCUGAAGGAGCAAAUCAGCAUGUUAACCGAGGAAAUCUCCAACGCCGAGGUUCAGAAGUCCAAAAACGAGAAGCUGAUCACCAAGCACUCCAAGGCCCGUGAUGGAUCAGAGAAGGAGCUUGGGCAGAUUGCGGCGGAUCUGGAGAAGUUGGAGGAAGAUGUUGAGACCCAAGCCACAGACGCUUCUGGAUGGAGGCAAAAGGCCGAUGAGGCUCAAGAGGCACUCGAGUCGAAGAAGGGCGAGCUCAAGGCUCUCAAGCAGGAGCUGGACGAGAAAGUUGCCGAACUGAACGAGUCUCGUGCGACUGAGAUCGAGAUGCGGAACAAGCUCGACGAGAACCAAAAGGCCCUUGCUGAGAACCAGAAGCGCAGUCGAUACUGGGAGGAGAAGCUUUCCAAGCUGUCCUUGCAGAACGUCAGCGAUCUCGGUGAAGAGCAGGAGGCUCUGGAGCUUCAGACGUACACCAAGGAUGAGCUCGACGCCAUGAACAAGGAGUCCUUGAAGGCCGUUAUUGCUGCCUUGGAGGAGAAGGUGCACAAUGCCUCUGUGGAUCUGUCGGUCAUCGAAGAGUACCGUCGUCGCACGGCCGAGCACGAAUCCCGCUCUGCCGAUUUGGCCACUGCCCUAACAUCCCGCGACAGCGCCAAGGCCCGACUCGAUGGUCUUCGAUCAGCCCGUUUGAACGGAUUCAUGGAAGGAUUUGGCAUCAUCUCUCUCCGCCUGAAGGAGAUGUACCAGAUGAUCACGAUGGGUGGUAACGCGGAACUGGAACUGGUCGACUCUCUGGAUCCCUUCUCUGAGGGUAUCCUGUUCUCGGUUAUGCCUCCGAAGAAGAGUUGGAAGAACAUUGGUAACUUGUCUGGCGGUGAGAAGACGCUGUCCAGUCUGGCGCUGGUUUUUGCUCUGCACCACUACAAGCCGACGCCACUCUACGUCAUGGACGAGAUUGAUGCUGCGUUGGAUUUCCGAAACGUCUCGAUUGUUGCAUCGUACAUCAAGGAGCGGACCAAGAAUGCGCAGUUCAUUGUCAUUUCCCUGCGAAACAACAUGUUCGAACUUGCCUCGCGUCUCGUUGGUGUCUACAAGGUCAACCAUAUGACCAAAAGUGUGACCAUCGAGAACAGGGACUACAUCGAGGGCCGGUAA